GUCAAUUGCAUAUGAAUAUUUGUAAGAUAAAGAUCGUUUGCUGCAGUUUAUUUUAAUAUUAAUACGUAGCAAAAUGUUAAGUGGUAAAAUGCAAGGUCUUACAAAAGAAUCUCUGAAAAAGAAUUCUAUGUUAUUGCCAUUAUUUUUCUGCAUCGGAUUUGGAGCAUUUGCUGCUACAGGUUAUUUAUUACGCCUUGCACUCCGAAGUCCUGAUGUUACGUGGAAUACUAGAACCAAUCCUGAACCAUGGAAUGAAUAUAAAGAUAAAGAUUAUAAGUUUAUUAACAUUCGUGAUACAACUAAGUAUAGAGCAACACCUCCACAAUAUUAAAUAUUAAAAGCAUAUAUUAAGGUAGUCUUAACUAAA